CAAGUAUCGACGCCACCACCAAGGAAGCUUUGAAAAUAAGAUACAGUAUUUGAAAUUAUACAAAACACAAUACUGUCUUAUAUUUCUCCUCCGAACGCUCCAGCGUCGUUCUGAAACAUUGGGCAGAUUUUUGGCUCAUGGCAGCUACGUUGGAUUUCAGGACCCAUGUGGACCAGUCAUGCAGAUAUUCGGAGGAAUUCGUCAACAUUUACUAUGACUGUGUGGAUAAAAAGAGAAGGAACCUCACCAGACUCUACUUGGAUAAGGCAACCUUGGUGUGGAAUGGAAACACUGUAUCCGGACUAGAUUCCCUGGGCGAGUUUUUUGAGGCACUGCCUUCUAGCGAGUUCCAAGUUCAUACUCUGGAUUGUCAACCAGUUCAUGAUCAAGCAACCCAGGGUCAGAUGACUCUACUGGUGGUGACCGGCGGAACGGUCAAGUUUGAGGGGAACAAGCAGCGUUUCUUCAACCAAAAUUUUCUUUUAACUGCUCAGGCGUCACCCAAUAACGACCAGCCCGUGUGGAAGAUCGCUAGUGACUGUUUCCGUUUUCAAGACUGGAAUAGCUGAGUGCCCUCAGCUAGACUGUCUUUGUUUAUUUCUAUAGUUACGUAAUGGUAGAUGAAAAAAGUUGAAUUGAAAAUUUACUAUGAAAAUGUAUUUAUUUUCAGGAAAAGCUUGAACAACAAGGCCUGUGAUUUUUGUGUGUACAGUAUACAAAUAAGGUCACAAAAAUACAGAAAACAUUGACAUGGUCAGUUUCCCCUUUAUAUAGGCUAUAAGUGUAGCUGCCGCCAUCAAGCAUGUUCUUCAACCACCUAUCCUGAACAAAAUAAGAUGUGCAGCUUAAGUGCAAGCAACCCACUUUUGGCAGUGUCAAAAAGAAAACUGUGUUCCUGAGUCAUUUAUGGUGACACAUUUGGUAUUUUUCAGCAUUAAUGGACAUAAAUUAAAUUAGCCAAAAUAAAUUAAGUCAAAGUU